AUGAUGCAACGAAAGCAAUACUAUCGCCGUCUCGGUCUCCAGAGCAAUGCCACAGAAGCCGACAUUCGCGCCGCAUACAAAACACUUGCACUGCAGCAACACCCGGAUAAAGCUAUCGAUUCGGAUCGAGAGAAGGCGACCAAGAACUUCCAGAAGCUACAAGAAGCUUAUGAGUUCUGUCUCUUUUGCGCUGAGGCUCAGAUCCUGGGAGUAGACGAUGAGGGCCAUGCAGAAGACGAUGUCGAUGACCAGGACGACUCUGACUGGCGUGGACAGCUGCCUCAUGGCGUUGGUGGUACCGGAUCGUGGUGGAAAGAGCUUUCUGGCGAUGAACCUGCACCUGUCCGUCGUUGGGCGGAGGUGAGCGAAAAGGCAGUCCGCAAUGCUCCCUUUCUGUCUUCUAUGAGUAAAAUAGAGCGCAACCUUCUCAACAAGGAGUACUCUGCUGCCUAUCAGUGCUUCGAACUCUGGCGUCAAAAGUACAUCGAAAAGCUCGACCAAGGAGACAAACUGCAGCACAGCAUCAACAAUUUGCCUGAGCGUCAAGCCUCUCAUGCACGCGUAGCUCUUGACAACCACCGAUCUUCGUCCGACUACGAGUACAAGACUGGCUACGAAGACGAAGUGGACGAGGAAGCCUUCUUUGGCCCGCCUUUCGGUGAUCAAAUUCCAUCCAAGCUCACAUACACUUGGCGCAACAAUCAUAACGUAGCACUCAAGAUCGCUCCACAGAAACGACUUGCCCAAUUCCAGCGCCAGGUAGCUGCCACAGAAUCGCGUGGAGCUCUACCAUACCAUACUAAAGCCGAAGAGCGGCGACGUGAAAAGAACCGUGCCGCCAGCGCUACAGCGCUGGUAGCAAAUGUCAAGCUUGCGGAGCAAGGCCAUGGUAGAAACCAAGCUGGAGAGUUGUUCUUACAUCAAGGCGCUUCUGCUCAACGUUCUUCUUCUACCGCCGCUCAUCUUUUGAAGGACGAAGACGAGCCUGUUGACUUUCAACGCGGCACUGUGCAGCGCAUCGCGGCACCGGAGGAUGAUGUUGCUGAUUCUUGGGACGAUUAUUGA